AUGUCGGCUUGUUCAAUAUUUAUUUGUCUUACGAUUGCUUCUAAAAAUAAUGAUAAAUCAUCAUCUUCUGAAACAUCCUUAUUUAAUUCAUUAAAUUUAAAUGAAAAUAUAAAUAAUAAUGAUACAACGGAAAGAUUACCAAUUGUAUAUCAUAUAAUUAUUGCUAAUUCAACAACAUCCAUACCAAUCAUAUUGGUAACAACAACAACAACAACAACUAUAAGAAAUAUUAUCGUUAUUAUUUGCUAUAGUUUAAUAAUAAUUUUUUCAUUAUGUGGAAAUUAUCUUGUUUGUCAUGUAAUAUAUUCUACACCAAAAUUACGUACAACAACAAAUAUUUUAAUAUUUAGUUUAGCAAUAUCCGAUAUAUUAACUACUGUAUUGAAUAUACCAUUUAAUUGUGCUAGAUUUUUAUUAUUGGAUUGGCCAUUUCCAGAUUCAUUUUGUAUGAUAAUGCCAACAUUACAGGUAACAAGUGUUUAUGUUUCUGCAUUAACAAUGGCAGCAAUUUGUUUGCAUCGCUAUCGUUCAAUAUUGGGUACUACUGGACCAAAUAUUGUUAUAUCAUCACGUGUUGGUUUUAAUCAUAUAACACAUUCGAUGAGUAGAAUACGUAUAAAAAUAUGUAUAUUAUUUAUAUGGAUUAUAUCAAUAUUAUUAGCAUUACCACAUACAAUAUUCAAUGUUGUUGUAUGGACUGAAUUAUCCAAUGGACAAAUGAUACGUCGUUGUCGUGCUGAAUAUCCACAUUCAAUAAAAGAACAGAUGCCAUUAAUAUUAUCAUUAUUAGCAACAUUUACACAAUUCUUAUUACCAUUAGGUAUGACAACAAUAUUAUAUUGUCGUAUUGGUCGUAUAAUAGCACAUCAAGGAAAAUUAGCUAAACAUUAUUGUGAUGAAUUGAAUCGUCGUGUUGUUGAAGCAAAACGUAAACGUAUUACAAUGCUUGUAUUAAUUAUUGUUGGUUUUUUAAUCACAUGGUUACCAAUAACAAUGUAUCAUUUAAUUAUUGAUUUUCAUCUUGUACAUUUUCAUUGGAAUCUAUUUCUAGCAUUACAUAUUUGGGCAAUGACAUCCGUUUGUUAUAAUUCAUUUAUAUAUUGUUUUAUGAAUGAAGAUUUUCGUAAACGUUCUAAACAAAUUAUUGCUCGUCAUCAACGUUUAUUUUUAACAUUAUGUUUUUUUCUAUUUACUAAUCGUAAAUUUGAACGUAAUAUUGGUACAAGUACACCAUCAACUGGUUCAGUUUCAGCAACAAUGACAUUACCAGCUGUUAUUGGUUAUCAUCAACAUCAAAAUCAACAACAACAACAACAACAACAAAAACCGAAUAACUAUUUACAUAUUAAAUUUUUAAUCAAUGUAAAAGUGUAA